AUGGUAACAGAAGGCACAGCAGAGACGUCGAGCGUCAAAGAGGCUUCAGAGACAGCAAUUCUCACUUCUUUAUUUGGUUGGAGCCUCGUUCCACCAGCACCGCCAGAAUCGACGAGGAAAAAGUCUCUAACACGCUCCAAUACCGUCAUGUCAUCUGCAUCCGUCCCUCCCAGUCCAACUUCAUCGCGUGCUUCGUCUGUAGCUCCGCAGAUGCCGCCUCCCAAAUUAUCCAGACAGUCAACCGGUAUAACCUUUCGUCUACCAAGCAGCCUGACAAACAAGCCCGAAAACGCCCUUCUGCAAUGCGAACUAUGUCAGAGACGGAUUGGGCUUUGGGCCUUCACAACACGACCGGCUGCCAAUGAGGCGACGGAUUCUCAACCUCAGUCUCUCGAAAAGGACAGUGUACCUAGCACCCCAAGUUCGCAGGUCAAGAAGGCCCUCCCACAGCGAGCGUUCGACAUCCUGAAAGAACAUCGGUCCUACUGUCCUUACGUCUGGACACAAGUCGAGCUCUUCAUUGUCUCAGUUCAACGAAAGGAACGGUGUGCUUGGGGCACUGGAAGGUUGGCGGGCGGUGUUGACAGUGGCACUGCGCUAUGGGAUGGUCGAAAAGCAGAGGAUUGA